CAGUUUAGCUAUCGCGGGAUCCCAGUUAAUGCUCCAAAAUAGGAUUUGAAGAAACCUCACAGCUCAAAAUGAUCCCCGAAGAAAUCCUAGAUGGCUUCUUUCCCAAAGAUCUCUCAAUCUGUCGGAAGCGUCGCUUGGUCGAAAGCUAUCAGCUUGGUCGACAAAUCGGGAGCGGUGGAUUUGGAGCUGUGUUAAAUGCCGUUUGUAAGACGACCGGUAAACAAGUUGCCAUCAAGAAAGUUCACAAGAAUAAUGUCCCCAAAAGCUACACGAUCCACGGCAAAAGCAUCCCCGCAGAAAUAGCUUUACUCCAACACCUCAAGAAACACAACAACAUAAUCAAACUUGUGGACUGGUUUGAGGAUAACAACGAGUUCAUCAUCGUGACAGAUUGGUCCCCUGAAUAUGUCGACCUGUUUGAUUACCUCACCUCUAGGAAUCCUCUUGAUGAGUGCUGUGCUCGCAGGAUCUUCAAACAGAUCGUAGAAGCGAUUGCGUACUGCCAUGGCCGAGGAAUAUUCCACCGGGACAUCAAAGACGAGAAUGUCCUGAUAAAUGUAAAAACCGGUCACAUCAAACUCAUCGACUUUGGUUCGGGCGCGUUUGUUGAGGACGAGUAUACAGAUUACCAAGGAACGAAGGUUUAUUCUCCUCCGGAGUGGGUCCGGUACCAGCGGUACAGCGGCUGGAGUCUGGAGAGCUGGUGUCUGGGAGUCCUACUAUUCAUCAUCAUUAGCGGGGAGAUUCCUUUCGAAACGGAGGAGGAUAUCUUAAGGUGUACUCCUACCCUCAAGAGAAGAAGAAUUUCUCUAGAAUUAACAGAUUUGAUGGCCCGCUGUAUGAACAUCGACCCCAACAAGAGGCCCACAACCAAGGACAUCCUCGAGCACCCCUGGACCAAGGGAUCCCAAACAUACCCUCAAGCCCACAAGACUGCACCCUGCAAGGAGAUCAACCUGGCUCAGUACAUCAUCCCUAAUCCCAACGAGAAAGUAGAGGUAGUCCAGUGAAGAUAUCUCACGCGUCACGGGUAACGCGGUACUUGUCACGAUCUGGUCACGUGACAUGAUAAAUGUACAAAUGUCACUGUGGCCAGGUGAUGAUGUAGACUUUUACCGGUUUCCCGCGUCAAAGUUUAGCUUUUAAUUCACAAUGCAAUUUGUUGAACUCAAUGGCCAAUGAUGAGGGCUAGUCUCUGAAGCUCGAAUAAGUCUGUUAAGUUGAGCAGUCCGAUGUUCGUUGAAGGAGUACAAUGAUGUAAUUGAAGCAAUGAGCAUAAUUAUGUAAUUUGUAAUUGAAUCGUCGAUUGAUGCCUGGUGGAGAGUAUAUAUGAUUAUAUUUUCGUUACGUUCGAGAAGUUUUAACGCGCAAGCUACAUUUAUAGAACGCCAGGUUCAAGAUAUAGUAUUUUGAAGGGGCCAAGUUGAAUGGUAUGAAUUAUGAAUUAUGACGUCCUUGCAGUCAAAGUGACGUCACAAAUUUGUGACGUCAUCAUAGCUGACAGCAAGGCGUCUCAUACAGUCCGACCUCUCGGCACAGGACGGUUCGAAUGUAUUGUCAGUUCGAAAUGUGUCGAUUUACCACUAACUCGGUUUGGCUGUAUAACAAACCUAUUACUUUACCGUCCAAGAUAUUCAUAUAUGAUAAUAAUAUGUAUAUAUUAUAUAUUUUGUUGUGAAAUUCGUCGGUUUCCACUGCUGGGUUUUUAACCUAUCAUCGCUAUUAUUCCCACCAUUUUCAGAGCACUGCUGCUGAAAGGACGGCUCCCACAAAUUUAGAACAAAUUUACCACAAAACGAAGAAGUACUAUCAAAAUUUUACCACCAUUUUGGAUGAACCUGGAAGAUCAAUUUCGUUGGAAAGUCGGGUCCCAUGGCCCAGGUAAAUUACAGCCCCUUUCAGCACCCCGCUUAAAAAUGGACCAUAUCCAGCAAAAUCUACCAUACUGCAUAAAUAUGGAUCAACGUUGGAUCGGUUCAUUUCCCCAAAAUUUCUGCAUAUACUUAAUAUAGUUAUAGCUUUUUAUCAACGUUACCGCUUUGAGUUCCCAUACCAAAAGUUUUAGUUUAAAUUAUUCGGCGUAGGUUUUAAUUAGAUAUUGGUACUUAAUUACCAUUUUGUGGAAAAUUUUGAGCAAUUAUACUGCAUUUUUAACGCUUAUAUUAUACGAUGUUUUUAUCUGUUUUCCAGAUAAAUGCGGUAUAAUUUCCCAAUUCAAUAUUUUCCGACUGAAAAUUUAGUUAUACUUCUAGUUCAGCAACAAGGGUUUUCAUGUGUGUCACUAAGGUUUUCACAGCUUCAUUCAAUUUAACGUAUCAUUAUUUUCGGCAGUGCUUAUUUUCAUGUUACGUUCUACGGAGUUUCAGAAUGUUCAUUACCAUUCCAAUGUUAAAUGAGAUUUUACUUUACAUUCACAACUAUAUAUAAUGAGUGUCGAAAUUCAGAAUUUCCUCAAAUUUCGACGGAUUUUUUGUUCGGAUACAACUGUUUAAUAUUUAUCCUACUUGAUGAGGAACAUGAUCAUAAUAUUUCAAUUUAAUGACGAUUUAAACGCUUUUUGGGUGAUGUAUAAAUAUAAUAUGUUGAUUCGGGUACUAUUAUAUGUUUCUACGUUAUUUUGAGUAUUGAUAUAGGUAUAUUGUAUGAUGUUGUAUGCGUUCAGUUCUGUAUUUGUAUUAAUGAGAUGCAUUUUUUCCAA